CACAUGGGUUUGAGUAUGUAAGUCUGCCGCUGCUUGAGCUACCUCGGUGCAUUUCCAAAAACGCAGGGAUUUUCGAAAGCGUAUCGAAGCACUGCAAGGAGUUUGUUGAUGUGGUCAACCAACUCGCUUGAGCCAGGUCACGACACGCUCGUUUUCCACAAACUUAUCAUCGCGUGGAUUAGUCCUGUCAGGGCCACGAUUCGUGUCACAUUUGGUGUUUUCUUCCGAACCCCAGGUCCAGUCGCUUCGCUGAUCGCCGCGUUCCGUUACACUGUCGAGUACAGUAUGCGACGAGGGAGUAUUUUCGUCUGUCUCAACACGGAUCUCGUGGGUCUGCUCCAACUCUUUCUGCAUCUCCUUUGGCACAAACUCCCCAGAAAGCACGAUUUUCUCAACUCGUCGAGUAUACGAGCCCAUCGUAGUGAGCAUGUGCCGCAUGAUUGAUGUCUUACAGCCAAAGCGCAACCACUCCGGCACAACGAAAGACGACGGAGGCGCCACUUCGAGGCGCAAACAACGCGGACGCAACGCCUCAAGCUGUGCACCAAACCAAGC